UCUCAAGAUGGCGGAAACAGACGUUUUAGAAGUCGAAGUUGAUGAUCGCGCUGAUUUCACAGAAGAUGCUGGGGAAGAGGGUCUAAAGAACCUUAAGAAAGGUGUCACAAAGAGGAAGGGAAGAGGCUUCAAAGAUGAUCAAAAUCCUUCGUUGAAUGAACCAUAUGAAUCGGUUGAUGCUGAUGAUAGCAAUAAUACUGGACCUCAGAGAUCGGUUGAAGGGUGGAUCUUGUUCAUAACCAAUGUCCACGAAGAAGCACAAGAAGACGACAUAUAUGACCUGUUUGCAGAGCAUGGAGAAAUUAAGAACCUCCACGCCAACCUUGACCGACGAACUGGAUUCAUGAAGGGUUAUGCCUUGGUUGAAUACGAAACUUUCAAAGAGGCUCAGGCCGCCAGGGAUGCCCUAAACGGAGCUGACCUUCUUGAGCAAAAGAUAUCAGUUGACUGGUCAUUUGUUCGAGGUGCCUCAAAAAAGUCCAGAACAGGCCGUCGGAGAUAGAUUCCGUGCCAUCCCUCACAUGUCAAUAACCAUUAAACCCUAACUCUUAACAGUUGAGUAGUCAACUUGAACACAUCAAUGGCUGAUUGAUGGUUUGUAAAUCAACUUUUAAACACAUGCAGUGACCUAUUUUACAUGGAACACAAGGCAGAUUAAUUUGUAAAUGUUCAUAUGCAUGGCAUUAAAGAAAACCUGUAAAGUUCAUGACUGUAAUUACUUAUCCUAUUAAGUUUCAUUUCAUUUUUUAAUUUUCUUGCCUUGAAAACUUUGCACUCUGUCAGUACAGAAAAUCCCCAAAAUAUGGGGUAAGAUAUAGCUUUGGAAUAUAGCACCUCGAUAAGCUAGUUCCAGAUUGUUGCCAAACACAACAUUAUGUAUGGGCAAAAUUUUAUAGGCUGCAUACAAACACUCAAACAAGAAAAACUAAGCUAAAGUAGGUACCUACUUGGGUAGAAAUAAUCCAAAAUAGACAAACACUGUUGACCAUAAAUUCACUAUU